AUAUGUGCUUAAUGUUUUUUUAAUCAACCUAGUUAGGAAAUGGAUAAUUAAUCUAAACCGUAAUUGGAUAAUCGAGUUGUAUGUAUCUUUGGAGAUUUCUUGAACUUAUUCCUAUUUUUGGUUUACCACAGGAUUCAUGACGACUAGAAAGUAGAAACAAGGGUUUAUCACUCAAGGGAUCGGGAUAGGGAAACUAGAAGUUAAUCAUGUAAUAAGAAGGGAUUUAGAAGAUCCAAACACGCUCUAUGUAUGAUUAUAAUCAUAGCCAAAUGAUGAUGUCAUCUUCUGCAUCAUCCCCUCCAACGCUAGGCUACAUUCAGCAUCCAAUUUCCAAAUUGGACACGCUAGCUGGCAUAGCAAUCAAGUAUGGUGUUGAGGUUGCGGACAUAAAAAAGAUGAAUGGACUAGUUACUGACAGCCAGAUGUUUGCUCUUAAGUCUAUUGGCAUUCCACUAAAUGGAAAGCACCCUCCGCCCAUUAUUACAGGAUAUGAUGAUAACACAGACAACAGUCCAGCUGCUGAUAAUGCAAAGUCCCUGAGAAGGAAGUCCUCCGAGCAGAAGCUCUCCCCGGUCAUGAGCUGUUUACGAAGUCACUACGGAACUAAACCGACAAUGAAGAAAUCUGUAUCUGAAAUCUUUAGCAUGGUGGAGUACGAAAAAAGGGCUUCAAAAUGUUCAGAAAAUGGUUCAUUCUACAAGAAAUCACCAAUGUCCCCUCAACAUCAUAGUCAUCACAAAAAAUCUCAUAGUUUGGCGAACGAAACUUUGGAUGACAUUAUGGAAGUUGUAAAAGCCAGAAGAAGUGAUUCUGAUAGGAGUGGUACACUUAUCCGGAGGAGUUAUAAAUCUGAAGCUAACCUUCAGCGUAUUCCAGAGUUGCUCUUGAAGCAGGAUUGUAAUAACAGUAAUGGUAGCUUUUCAUUUUCAGCAAGAUCAGCAAAGGGACUAGCUCAGAGGCAGAAAUCUGGUAGCCGAAUUGCACUGACAGCUUAUUCGAAUCACGUGGUUUAAGCGCAGUGCCAUGCCAACUAGCAUGGUGUCAUGUUUACAGCAUCAAAAUCAUCCAUUCAGCAAACCUCAAGUUGUAGUUUGAAACCAGAUUUAAAGACCAUUUUCAGCCCAACCCAAUAACGGGUCGAAGAAAGGAUUACAACUACACAUGAUCAGUAAGUAUUUGUAGUUACUUAGUUAUCAGACCAAUUUUGAUCCCUUUUGCAAUAGAUUUUUCUGAGGUGAAAAAUGUUAUAUAUUACAUUACUAUUCUUUAAGCGGGGACUCGAUUGUAACCCCAAAAAUUGUUUAUAUAUAUAUUUGGCAGCAAACAUGGCCAAAAAAUGUUGUUGUCUUAGAAAUACCUAAGCAGAUGACUACAGGAAAUUUUCUACCCGAUUCGCUGAACUUUACAUGGUUGCAAUAGCCUUACAAUCAAAUGACCAAAUCAUUGCUGAAGAUGC